AUGGAAGACUGCGGUGGAGGCCCUAUCUGGAGCGUUAAUGACCUGUCAUUCUGCUUCCAGAGAAAGUACCUUGGUUUUAUUUUCCCGAUAGCUUCCUGUGCUAUUUCGCUGUUCUUCGUCCUUGCACACGUUCUGCUUUAUCGGAUUGCCGAGUACCGAAGAAAACAGUAUAAGAGCGUUCCCUCGGAUAUCGUGGAUGUACAUACCAAUGGAGCUGAGGAAGUUGGAUACCGAGACGAUGGAGACGAAGAGAGUGACUUGAUGCUCAAUAAGGUCAUCAGUCGUACGGCAGAUAUACUGAUUGAGCCUGAUAAGCCGCGUGGGAAGAAGCUGGUCAACACCAUCGAAAUACUCGCCUUGGUUGGCCAGGUGGUUAUAAAUGCCAUCGCCAUUCCAGCUGCCGCUAAUGUAACUGGUAUGCGGACCUUCAACAUUGUUCGCCUGGCUUCGUGGACAUAUAUUCUAGCUCUAGCAAGUGGAAGACUCGCCACCUCACGAUCCAGGUGUCCGUCCCUACCAAAACUAUGGAACCAUACAGCUUCCCUGUAUUCGUUGCAAUGGCUCUUCAUCGUCCUCCCAUUCCGCUCGAUCUUCCUCCACCAUCGACGUAAGAAUGACUUGCCUUUCUUUGCUACCGAUUUCGCGCUCUCAAGCAUACUCUUCCUCAUUGCCUUGACUACCCGCAAGGGUGAAGAGACUGUUCUUGUCCAGCACGAAGAUGGAUUGACACCUCCGAAAGACCAGUUUGCCAGUCUUUUCUCCCUGGCAAGUUUCUCCUGGAUGGAUUCAUUCAUCGCCAUGGGCUAUAAGAAAUCGUUAGAAAUUAAAGAUGUCUGGAACCUCAAACCUGAGGGGCAUGCAACUGCUGUGCUAGCCAAUUUCCGUCAAUAUAAGAAAGCCUGUACCAUGGCAUGGAACCUCGUGGGGUACUUUUCUUGGGAUUUGUUCGUUCAAGGCCUCUGGGCAAUACUAGCAGGCCUUUUCACCUUCCUCCCUACCUGGCUCCUCAAGUUCAUCCUGGAAUAUGUUGAGAACCCUGACGAUGUUCCUGUGAGCGCGGCGUGGCUCUAUGUCAUCCUUAUCUUCGUCUGCGGAGCUGUCAUGGCCGUAGGAGAUGGCCAGUCACUGUGGCUCGGACGAGAGCUCAGUGUCAAACUCAGGGCAAUUAUUGUCGGUGAGCUUUAUGCCAAAGCUCUUAGACGCAAAGCCGGUGCGUUCGUCGGAAAUACUUCCAAGGACGAAGAUGAAACCAAGGACAAACUGAAGUCUUCCAAAAAGGCGAAGAGCAAGGAUAGUGCCGAAUCUAAAGCGGAAACCGAAAAACAAGCAAACCUAGGAAAGAUUAUUAACUUGAUGGCCAUCGACUCAUUCAAAGUCAGCGAAAUCUGCGCAUAUCUGCACUUCCUCUGGGCCAGUGUUCCCUCGCAAUUUAUCGUGGCCGUAUACUUCCUCUAUCAAGUCUUGGGUGUCAGCUCUCUAGCUGGAGUUGCAAUGACUAUCUUAAUUGCCCCCUUGAACGUUUACAUUGCCAGCAGAUUCCGAGCCGUCCAAUACAAGAUCCUCGCGGCUACAGAUGCUCGUAUCCAUGCCACCAACGAAGUCCUGCAAAAUAUUCGAAUUAUCAAAUAUUUCGCUUGGGAGCAUCGCUUUGAGAGCAUUAUCGACGAAAAGAGAAAGACUGAGCUAAAACACAUACGCUCUCGUUACUUGCUCUGGGCGUGGGCCGUUACUCUUUUCUAUGGCACACCACUCAUCACAACUCUCUGCACUUUCUACAUUUUCACUCAUUUUGAGAACAAAAAGUUGAUCCCAUCGAUUGCCUUCCCAGCCUUAUCUAUGUUCUCGCUUCUCCGUGUGCCGCUAGAUCGACUUGCUGAUAUGGCAGCUCACGUUCUAGAAGCUAAAGUGUCCAUUGAUCGUGUUGAAGAAUUUUUGACUGAAGAAGAAACUGAAAAGUACCAUCAACUCAAGAAUUGCGAUGAGGAGGAACCUAAGAUUUGUUUGGAAAACGCUACUUUGUCUUGGGGUUCUAGCAAGAUGGAUUCUAAUAGUGUCUUGAGCAGCACUGCUCCAGCUUUCAGACUGAUUGAUGUCAACGUGAAUUUCCAGCUUGGAAAGCUCAAUAUAAUUGCUGGCCCGACUGGAUCUGGAAAAACCUCCUUGCUCAUGGCUCUCUUGGGAGAAAUGAGCUUGAUCAAAGGUUCUGUGUCACUUCCCGGAGCAAUUAGUGAUCGAGCUGACCUUCACCCUGACCCAAUGACUUCGUUGACGGAGAGCGUUGCCUACUGUGCUCAGGAAGCUUGGCUUGUUAACAACACAAUAAAGGAGAACAUUAUAUUUGCAUCGAGCUACAAUGAUAAUCGAUACCAGGCUGUGAUCAAGGCCUGCUCUUUGGAGCGUGAUCUGGAGAUUCUAGAUGCUGGUGAUCAAACUCUUGUCGGUGAGAAAGGUAUCAGUCUUUCCGGUGGCCAGAAGCAGCGAAUUUCUCUCGCUAGAGCAAUGUAUAGCAGUGCUCGCCACUUGCUACUUGAUGAUUGCCUUAGCGCCGUGGACUCUCAUACAGCCAAACACAUCUUCAACAAUGCUAUUCUUGGUCCGCUCAUGAUAAACCGUACCUGCAUCCUGGUUACACAUAAUGUCUCGCUCGUCUUACCACAGGCUGAGUACGCCGUUAUACUCAAGAAUGGCCGUGUUACUGCCCAGGGGUCUCCCUCGGACCUCAUUGAUGCUGGUGCUAUUGAAGAUGAUAUUCUCAAAGCAGGGUCUGGCUCCCAUGGCCCGUCACAGCUAGCUUCCCGCGUGCCAUCAAACCUUGAAGAAAUUAUCGCAGCCCAGGAAACUGAUGCUGCCGCCACAGCAACAAACGGACCCACAAGGCCUCUGAAGAAGAAGAAAGCAACCGCAGCCUCACCGCCGACUAAUGAAGAAAUGAAGGUUACUGGAAGUGUUCCAAUGUCCACUAUCUACAUGUACCUUCGUGCCAUGGGACCUUGGUACUACUGGGUUACGGCAAUGGCGUUUUUCGUCCUUCAUCAGCUCGCAUCCCUGGCACCGAACGUAUGGGUCAGGCAGUGGGCCAAUGCGUAUGAGGUCAGGAAUAAUACCGAAAGCGUAUCAGUUGCUGGUUUUGAUGUGCCCAGCUUAAAUUUUGGUAACACAGCCGCCGCAUCCCUCAUGUCUCAGGCACCUAACGAGUCUUUGUUUUCUAUCGCCAAAAGGAAAUAUGCGGACAUCGACGAGUCAUACUACCUUUGGGUUUAUCUUAUCCUCACUAUUGUCUACAUUAUCAUUACUUUCUUUAGAGAAUGGAUUUUCUUCUGGGGAUCCAUCCAUGCAUCUAGGAAAGUCCAUGGCUGGUUACUCCGUGCCGUGAUGCGAGCCAAGUUCAAAUUCUUUGAUUCCACUCCUCUGGGUCGUAUUAUGAACCGUUUUUCAAAGGAUAUCCAAUCUAUUGAUCAAGAUGUGGCUGCUACGGCCAUUGGUGUUAUACACUGUGCUGCCGCAAUCGCUAUGAUUGUUAUUCUGAUCUCGGUUAUCACGCCACAGUUCCUAAUCGCCGGUGUCUUCAUCACCAUAAUGUACAUUGCCCUCGGAGCCUUCUAUAUAAACACCUCGCGUGAUCUCAAGCGUUUGGAAUCCAUCCAAAGAAGCCCGUUGUACCAGCAAUUCGGAGAAACCUUGAAUGGAGUUGUCACCAUUCGAGCCUACGGCGAUGGCGCACGCUUCAUUUUGGACAACCACGGUCUCAUCAAUACUUACAACAGACCCUAUAUCUACCUGUGGGCAGCUAACAGAUGGCUUGCUUUCAGAAUUGACAUCAUCGGUGCGCUUGUGUCCUUCUUUGCAGCUGUCUUCCUCAUUUUAAGCGCUAGGAAAGUGGAUGCGGGAGCCGCAGGUCUAGCAAUGACUUAUGCCAUCACUUUCUCCGAAAAUAUUCUUUGGUUGGUCAGACUCUAUUCUGAGAACGAGCAAAAUAUGAACUCAGUUGAGCGUGUGGAGGAAUACAUGAAGGUAGAACAGGAAGCACCUGCUCUGAUUGCCGAAACCAAACCGGCUGGAGUGUGGCCAAGCAAAGGUGCUGUUAAAUUCGUCGAUUAUUCCACAAGAUACCGUCCAGAUCUCGAUAGAGUAUUGAAGAACGUGAGCUUCGACAUCCAACCUGGCCAGCGUGUUGGUAUUGUUGGUAGAACCGGUGCAGGAAAGAGUUCUCUAGCACUGGCCCUUUUCAGGGGUCUUGAAGCAGAAACUGGAAAGAUUCUAAUUGACGAUGUUGAUAUUGGAUUGAUCGGUCUCCGGGAUCUCAGACAAAAUAUUACCAUCGUGCCACAGGAUCCUACUCUUUUCACAGGAACGAUUCGAACCAACUUGGAUCCAUUCGGCUUGUUUACAGAUGAAGAGAUUUUCACUGCUUUACGACAAGUUCAUCUUAUCGGCCCAGCCGGUUCUGAAGAAAUAGAGCCACCGUCAAGUAGCAGCGCGGCCGAAAAUACCGAAUCAACUCAAUUAUUACUUGAAGAUGACACAACACCUAACACUCCUCAAGACUCCAACACCCUUGUUGGCACCGCGAAUGGCAGCACAACUGGCACAGACUGCAGUGCAGCACAUUCACAAGAUAACAAAAACAUCUUCUUAAACCUUGAGUCAGCUAUUACCGAAUCCGGUUCCAAUCUUUCUCAGGGUCAACGACAGCUCCUCUGCUUAGCCAGAGCGCUCCUCAAAUCUCCAAAGGUCCUUCUCAUGGAUGAAGCAACCGCCUCAAUUGACUAUGCCACCGACUCUAAGAUCCAAGAUACCCUUCGUGAAUUAAGGGGUAACAACACCAUAUUGACAAUUGCGCAUCGUCUUCAAACUAUCAUCGAUUAUGAUAAGGUUCUUGUCCUUGAUCAUGGUGAGGUGAAAGAGUAUGAUGGCCCAUGGCAGCUGAUUAACCAGGAAGGAGGAAUCUUCAGGAGUAUGUGUGAGAACAGUGGAAAUAUGGAAUCGUUGUUAGAAGCCGCAAAGAAAGCAUGGGAGCAACACAGAUUGGUCGAUGAUUCUUAG